CUUCAUCUUAAGUCUUAACAACGGUGCCUCCGCCAAAACUCCUCCUCCGUACCGGUGGUUGCAUUCAUAACGGACUCAUCUGCACUACACUCCGAGUCUCUCACUAAGCUUUAGAGAUCCUGUUCUGUCUAAUUACGGAAAUAAUGCGUGAGAUCUGAGAAAAACACCGAAAUCCCAGACAUGAAAUCACUCAACGCCACCGUCGAUAUCCUCAAGACACCACUUGUUAUCAAGAUCUCCGCUUUCACUGUCAUCGCCUUUGCCUUCUUUUACUUGGGCAAGCACUGGUCCGACGGCUACCAGCAACUCAUCUUCUUCUCUACCACUCGCCAAACCCCUCCGUUUGUCUCACUCUCCCCCAACCACAACAAGCAAUUCAACAUCACCGCCAUCAUCGUUCAAAAUGAUACCGUUGCUGCCCCCGUUAAAAACCUAACCCUACCAUUGUCUGCGGCCUCGACUGUUCCGCCUCCGGCACCAAGAUUUUUUGGAUUGCUUGAUGAGAAUGGCACGAUGAGGAACGACUUCGAGAUCGGGGAUUUCGAUCAGGAGUUUGUGGAGAAUUGGGGUAAUGAUAGCGAGGUUCAGAGUGGAAAUGGAGGGAGUCAAGAGUCUCCCAGGUUUCAAGUUAAGAGAUAUGGGCUGUGUCCAACGACCAUGAAGGAGUACAUACCGUGCAUGGAUAAUGUGGAGGCAAUUAAGAAGCUGAAGUCGACGGAGAAAGGAGAACGGUUCGAGCGGCAUUGCCCCAAAGAGGGUAAGGGCUUGAGUUGCUUGGUGCCUCCACCGAAAGGAUACCGGCCGCCAAUUCCUUGGCCGAGAAGCAGGGAUGAGGUAUGGUACACGAAUGUUCCUCAUACACGUCUAGUUGAAGAUAAAGGGGGUCAAAACUGGAUUUUCAGAGAGAAGGAUAAGUUCAAGUUCCCUGGAGGUGGCACACAAUUUAUACACGGGGCAAAUGAAUACUUAGAUCACAUUUCCAAGAUGAUACCUGAUAUAGCAUUUGGUCAUCAUACUCGAGUUGUUCUAGAUGUUGGAUGUGGUGUAGCAAGUUUUGGUGCGUAUUUGCUAUCACGAAAUGUUAUAACAAUGUCUAUAGCUCCGAAAGAUGUUCAUGAGAACCAAAUUCAGUUUGCUCUUGAGCGUGGUGUGCCAGCAAUGGUGGCAGCUUUUGCUACUCAUCGUUUAUUAUAUCCAAGUCAAGCAUUUGAUUUGAUACAUUGUUCAAGAUGUAGAAUCAACUGGACCCGUGAUGAUGGGAUUUUGCUCCUUGAAGUCAAUAGGAUGCUCAGGGCAGGAAGAUACUUUGCUUGGGCAGCUCAACCAGUUUAUAAGCAUGAAGAAGUCCUAGAGGAACAAUGGGAAGAGAUGCUUAAUCUUACAAAUCGCCUUUGCUGGGAACUUGUGAAGAAGGAGGGAUAUGUUGCAAUAUGGCAGAAGCCCUACAAUAACAGUUGCUAUCUGAGUCGCGAAGCGGGAACUACACCUCCAUUGUGUGAUCCAGAUGAUGACCCUGAUAAUGUGUGGUAUGCUGAGUUGAAGACAUGCAUCUCUCGACUUCCCGAGAAUGGGGAGGGAGCAAAUCUUAAGAGCUGGCCUGCCCGUUUGCAAACACCACCUGAUCGGUUCCAGAGCAUAAAAAUUGAUUCCUACAUAUCCAGGAAUGAGCUUUUCAAGGCAGAAACGAAAUACUGGAGUGAAAUAAUAGCAAGCUAUGUUCGGGCUUUACAUUGGAAGAAAAUGAGCAUGAGAAAUGUGAUGGACAUGAGAGCAGGCUUUGGAGGAUUUGCAGCGGCAUUAUUGGAACAGAAUUUUGAUAGCUGGGUUUUAAAUGUGGUUCCUGUUAGCGGGCCUAAUACAUUACCUGUUAUUUAUGAUCGAGGACUUUUAGGUGUCAUGCAUGAUUGGUGCGAACCAUUCGACACGUAUCCAAGAACUUAUAAUUUUCUGCACGCAGCCGGCCUCUUCUCUGUGGAGAGAAAAAGAUGCAAUAUGUCUACCAUCAUGCUUGAGAUGGAUCGGAUGUUGAGACCUGGUGGUCAUGUAUACAUUCGGGACACUCUCGAUGUCAUGGAUGAAGUUGAAGCAAUAGCGCAGGCCAUGGGUUGGCAUGCAAGUUUGCGUGACACAGCUGAGGGGCCUCAUGCAAGUUAUAGGAUCUUGACAUGUGAGAAACACCUCUUACGUGGUUAAAGCAAUUUGUUGGACAGUGAUGUAUGGUGGGUGCAACUGUAAAGAAAAUGAAUGAGCUUCAGAAUUGGCUUCCUGACAUGAGUUUAAUGGAUAAGAAAUCGUCGGUGCAAAAACAUAAGGAAUUUAUUUGUUUUGAUAGUGGAGGGAAUGUGGUUACUGUGUAAAGACUUACUUACAAGGGGACGUCUCGGAGGGUUUCGUUUCAGAUCAUCGACUAUCUCGUCAUAAAGAGCUUGGCAGAGUGCAUGUUGAAGUUGACUGGGUUUUGUGGUAAGGUAUUUUGGCAUAUAUUGUAUUUUAAUUUUUAGGGAUAUGAAAUACAUUAUUAUAAUGCAUCUGCAUGUGCAUGUGCAUGUGCAUGCGCAUGCGAGUUUAUGUAUUUUUGCUGCAUGUUACAAAAUAAAUCAUCCAUUUCCAUUCUUUUAAGUUGUCUACUUAGUAUAUUCUAUUCUUUUAAGUUGCUUAGUCUGGCUCGGUGGUUAAUCUUUUCUUGUAUUUUUAU